AUGGUACAACCAGAGCCAUCAACGGCACCAUACACAACUGUACCACCGACUACAGAGGUGACUCCAGAGAUAUCAACUACAGAAGGUAUACCAGCGUCAACAUUUGUAGCAGUCACAACUGACCCACCGACUACAAGAGAAAGAUCAGAAUCAUCAACGAUAGUGAUCACGACUGUACUACCAUCCACAGAGGUACUACCAGGGUCAUCAACUGUGGUAGCCACGACUGUACCUUCAUCUACAUGGGACAUGCCAGAGUCAUCAACAGUAGCCAUCACGACUGAAGUGCCGACUACAAAGGUUGUACCAGAGUCAUCAACUAUAGCACUCACGACUCUGCCCCCGACUACAGAAGCAUUGCGAGAAUCAUCAACGGUACCGGACACGACUGUCCCACUGACUACAGAGACAAUUUUAGAAUCAACUGUAGUAGCACUACCAACUACAGAAGUAAUAUCAGAGUCAUCAACUGUAGCCGUGACGACUGAAUCACCAACUACAGAGGUACUAUCUGAGUCGUCAACUGUGGAGGUGACGACUGUACCACAGACUACAGAGGUAAUACGAGAGUCAUCAACAAUACCAGGAACGACUGUAUCACCAACCACAGAGGUAUCAACAGUACAAGUCACGACUGUACCGACUACAGAGUCAUCAACGGUAGCAGUCACUACUGCACCUUCGACCACGGAACCAGUAACAACUGUACCUCAAUCUACAGAGACAAUGUCAGGGUCGUCAACUGUAGCAGUCACAACUUUACCGCCAACUACAGAGGUAACAGAGGGAGCAUCAACUGUCGGCUUUACGACUGUACCGCCAACUACAGAGGUCACGACAGUGUCUCAAACUACUGGAGUACCAACUACAGAGCCUACAUCUGUAGCAGCCACAACUGGAGUACCAACUACAGAUCCUACAUCUGUAGCAGACACAACUGUACCAUCAACUACAGAGCCUACAUCUGUAGCCACCACAACUGGACCAAAAACUACAGAUCCUACAUCUGUAGCAGCCACAACUGGACCACCAACUACAGAGGUAACAUCUGUAGCAGCCACAACUGGAUCACCAACUACAGAGCCUACAUCUGUAUCCACUACAACUGGACUACCAACUACAGAGCCAACGUCUGUAGCCACCACAACUGGACUACCAACUACAGGGCCUACAUCUGAAGCAGCCACAACUGGACCGCCAACUACAGAGCAAACGUCUCUAGCAGCCACAACUGGACUACCAACUACAGAGCCAAACGUCUGUAGCAGCCACAACUGGACCACCAACUACAGAUCAUACAUCUGUAGCAGCCACAACUGGACCACCAACUACAGAGCCUACAUCUGUAGCAGUCACAACUGGAUCACCAACUACAGAGCCUACAUCUGUAGCAGUCACAACUACAGAGGCAAUACCAGAGUCGUCAACUGCAGCACUCACGACUGUACCACCAACUACAGCGGAUCAGUCAGAUGUGGAACUACAGUGAGUCCCACCACCACAGGGCUGGCUCCGUCCACCGGAGCACCAAUGACGACAGUUCCCAACAUCACGGAAGCUCCGACCACUAGUUCGUCCCUGACCACAGCAAAGACCACGGCGCCGGCUACUUUGGGGCCCUCGACAAUGGCGUACACUACAGAAGAAACUUCUGUGGAUACCACCAGGAACCCGCUGGCCACAACUACUGCUGCAGGAGAAGCCACAUCAGAAGAACCGAUGACGUCCACUGUAGGAGCGUCCACAGGAGAUACCACCAGGAACAUAUUGAGUACCGCGGCAAAGCAGAUCACAACCGAUCAACCAACGACCGACGUCACAUCAAAGCAGACAACAGGUCAGCCUCCGACUGAGUCUCCGACUACAGGACCAACAUCUCAGCAAACCUCGGGACACGAAACAACGACGUUUACGCCUAAACCAUCCACAAUGGAUGCCACGACAAACCCAUCGACCACAAGUCCUGCUGCGGCAGAAACUACCACGGAUCAGACAACAGCAGACACCACAUCAAACCAACCAACAAGCCCACCUUCGACUGAGUCCUCCCCGACGAGGUCUUCACCGCAGCUGACUACCAUGGAACCAACCACAAACCCAACAACGGCUACAACUGCAGAGUAUUCAACGACAACCCGUACUACUGAAGAAUUGAGAACGACAACUUUGGGAAAGGAUGGAGCUACGACUGAAAUCCCAGGCGACGUGACCACGGCAGCGCUCAGUCCGCAGCCUCCAAUUACAACCGACGAGAUGAUGACCACUGAAAGUGCAGGGUCUGUAACAACAAUGCCGGUUACGACAACAUCUGGCUUCAGUACCGAAAAUCAGCAGACUACGACGCCUUCGAUGAAACCUUCGACUACAUCGGGUGCGGCAGAAACGACUGGUUCGCCCUCGACUACAGCAGAACCUCAAACAACGGCCCUCAUCACAAACGUCCAGACCAGUACCGCCAUCCUCACCCUCGAGAGAGCAACUACGGCGGGAUCUAGUACUGGACCAACUACGGCCACCCCCGAACAGCUCACAUCGACAUCUGCUGUACCAAAGCAGCAAACGACGGAGGAAACGCCAUCUAAUGUGAAGACCACCUCAGUGUACUCCACAGAAAUGGCUCCAACAACCAAUCCACCGGUUUCGACCAUGAUGAAAUCUCCUACCACAGAAGAAAUGCUGUCAUCACUCUCCACCACAGCGGCCACUACUGAACAGCCUACAGUCACUGGACCCAUAACAACGGGACAGAAGGCUACAACAGAGCAAAGUACUGCAAAGCUGUCACCAACUACGUCUAAAUCUUCAAUCCAAACGAUGAUGCUUGAUGAAACCACUUCGACAAAACCCGCAACGACCGUGACCACUUCUGCUGUUGACGCUAUGGCCACAGAAACAACGGCACUGCUCCCCACCACACUUCAGAAGAUCUACAGCAGCCUGCUUUCGUCGACACGUCACAAACUAACGGCGCCUCCAGACCUGCCAACAACUGCUCAAUCUGACGUCGUCACUACUGUCUAUGAAGCGACAGACACGACUGUGUCAGAAGCUGCCACCACGACUCCAGCCGCCCCACGGUCAAGUCCGACACCUUCAAGACCUGUGUUACCGUACAGUACCUCAAAUGACACAGACAGGUCCAACACCUUCGGCAUCAGCGACAACCUCUACCGCUUCACAGAUGACCACAGGUCCCACGCCAUCAGCAUCAGCUACACCCUCUACUACUUCACAGGUGGCCACAAGUCCCAGGCAUUCAGCAUCAGCUGCAGCCACUACCACUACUCAGAUGAUGACACAGACAGGUCCAACACCAUCAACAUCAACGUCGUCGACCUUGACUCGCAUCCUCUCAACGACUGCACAGGUCUCAGCGUCGACAGAAAAUACAACAAUGAUGAAUGUGUCAACUUCAACACCGUCACCAACAUCGCCAGAAAACACAACGAUGUCGAACAUGUCAAAUACAACACCGACAUCGACUAA